AUGUCCAGUCGUCCUUUAAGUACAGAAACAGCGACUACUGUCCAAAUAUCUAGACGUCCUGUGAGUAAAGAGACAGUGGCUCCUUUCCAAGUGUCCAGUCGUCCUGUGAGUAAAGAGACAGCGGCGCAUGCCCAAGAGUCCAGUUGUCCUGUGGGUAAAGAGACACCGGUUUCUGUCCAAGUAUCCAGUCAUCCUGUGAGCAAAGAGACAGCGGCUCCUUCCCAAGUGUCUAGUCGUCCUGUGAGUAAAGAUAAAGUGGCUCCUCCCCAGGUAACUAGUCCUGUGAGUAAAGAGACAGCAGCUACUGUGCAUGUGUCCAUUUGUCAUGUGAGUAAAGAGACAGCGGCUCAUGCCCAAGAGUCCAGUUGUCCUGUGAGUAAAGAGAAAGUGGCUCCUCUCCAGGUAACUAGUCCUGUGAGUAAAGAGACAGCAGCUCCUGUGCAAGUGUCCAGUCGUUCUGUGAGUAAAGAGUCAGCAGCUCCUAUCCAAGUAACUAGUCGUCCUGUGAGCAAAGAGACAGCGACUGCUGUCCAAGUAACCAGUCGUCCUGUUAGUAAAGAAAGAGUGGCUCAUGCCCGAUGUAUACAUGGUGUAUACUACAAACUCAAAUCCCAUAGACGACAAUAG